UAAUCAAAGUUUGACUUUUGCUUAGUAACGAUAUCGACUUAAAAGAGAAAACAACGUUUUUAAGUACAACUGCAUAUAUUUUUUGCUGUUACUUUGUUGUUAAGACUGUUCUGUUUGUUUUAUUUUAAUGACGAUGGAUAAAAAUACAAUUGAUCCAGCCAAAUCAAUUCCAACGUUUUACGCUGGACAAAGUAUAUUUUUGACAGGCGCGACAGGAUUUCUGGGCAAAGUAUUCAUCGAGAAAGUACUGAGAUCUUGCCCGGAUAUUCGAGAAAUAUUUAUAUUAAUGCGUCCGAAAAAAGGACUGAGCCUUAAUGAAAGACUCGAAAAAAUGUUAAACUUACCGUUAUACGAUAAAUUACGAGAGAAACAACCUUUAAUUUUCAAGAAAUUAAUUGUUGUUUCUGGUGAUACCAGUCAAGAAAAUUUAGGAUUGUCAGCUGUCGAUAGACAAAUGUUAACUGAAAGAGUGACUAUAACAAUUCAUAACGCGGCAAGCGUGAAAUUUAACGACAGUUUAAAGUACGCCAUUCUUACUAAUACCAGAUCAACGAGAGAUAUAUGUAUCUUAGCUGAAAGUAUGAAGAAUCUAAUGGCCCUAGUAUAUAUUAGCACAGCAUAUGCACAUUUGGAUAAUCCGUUUAUAGAGGAAAAGGUGUAUCCGCCUAUAGCCAAUUGGCGGAAAAUGAUCAAAAUGGCGGAGUCAUUGGAUGAGCAUAUCUUGAAUGUUUUUACAGCUAAAUGCUUGAAUAAUAUUCCCAAUACAUAUAUAUUCUCGAAAAUCUUAGCAGAGAGUGUAAUACAGGAAUAUUCCUCAUCUUUGCCUUGUGCGAUUGUGAGACCAUCCAUGGUUAUCCAUGGAAUAAUGGAUCCAAUUCCAGGAUGGAUAGAUAAUUUUAAUGGUCCUGUAGGGUUUUAUUGUUUCGGCGGCAAAGGAUUGUUACGGGUAGUCUAUGCUAGUAACUAUAUUUCACAAAAUCAUAUACCAAUAGAUACUGUCAUCAACAUUAUAAUUCUCGUAAUCUGGAAACUUGGAUUGACAAAGUACGAUCAUCAAUUUAUAUGUAUUAUAUAUACCCUAUAUAUACACACAUAUAUAUGUAUGUAUAAUAUGCAACAUAGGAUAUUGGAACUGCAGAGGAAAGCAUAUGUGAGCAACCGUGCUGUGCAACAUUUUACACGUAACGAAUGGAAAUUUGAUAAUACAAAUAGUCAAGAUCUAAUGUUAGUAAUACCAUCUGAUAACCGAAAAAUGUUCUCGAUCGAUCUGUCUGACAUGGAUAUGACAAAAUAUUUGAGAAAUGCAAUAAUAGGUGCCAAAAUAUAUCUUCUGCACGAAGACAUGAAUCGAUUAGAAGCAGCCAAAGCACAUCGUAAAAAGUAAGUGUAAAAGUAACGAAACAUUGUUU